AGCGAACGUAUAAUCAGCCCACUGGAAUCUCUUACUUUUGGUGCAGAACCUCAUUCUAUACCUGCAUAAAAGUUGCUCCCAGCCCAACGCUCCCGGUUCCUGGCGUCGCCCUUCCCGCCGAGGAGGACAAGCGUGUAGGAAAUGCCGAGCAUGAAUCUUCUCGUGGUAGGGGAGGAGAAGUCCCUCCCGGAUUUUGAGGAUGCCUUGGAGACCUGCAAGCGAUACGUCGGCCCCAUCAAGUUGUUCACUGCGCAUAAAGCGGUGGACGCAGUGAGCAGGCUGCAGAAAUUGAUUCAAACCUGUGGCCACUGUCACGCGGCCUUCCUUAGCCACCACUUCACUAGCCCUGGAAAAGAGGAGUUCAGCGAGACGCUGCGCAAGGUCAUAAAGGAGAAGUAUCCGGAUGUGCCCGUUAUCUGCUGGGGCAACCCGAAGAAAGGCGGAGAGCAAAACAAGCACUAUCACGUCGCAUUGGAGUUCAUCAAGGGCGGCGGCGAGGUGAACGCGCUGGUUGACAUCCUGAAGCAGGUGCAGGCGGGGCAGAUCCGCACCGACUACCUGCACAAGGACCAGCGCAAGUCGCUGGAGCGCCGCAACUCGCUGGACAGGUCCGACUCCAUCCGCGGCGGUCUGGGUGGCCGGGUGGACUCCCUCAUGCGCCGCACCGAGUCCCGCCGCGGCAGCGUGGACGGCCCCCGCCCGCCCGCACUUGACCGAGCCCUCUCCUCGCGGCGCUCGGAUGAGGAAGGCGGCGUGCCGGCAACAGCAGCGGCAGGCGGUAUGGGGGGCAGCAACCCCACCCUGCGGCGCAAGAGCGUGGAGCAGUUUGGCGGCUCAGGCGGCUUGCCCACCAGCGCCUCCAUGGCUGCCGCCGGCGGCGGCAUGGGCGGCCUCAGCAGCAUAAGCAGCAUGGCCGGCAGCGUCAGCAUGGGGCCGCCGCUGCGAACCGGCAGCAUGGUUGCUCCCAUGGGGGCCGUCGGCCUGGCGGGUGGACCCAUGGGUCCGGGCAUGGUGGGCCCUAUGGUCGGCAGCCUGGCUACCUGCCCCAGCGGAAACAUGGCUCUCGGCAUGGCGGCUGGGCCCCUGGCGGGCGGUGUCGGCAUGGCUGGCGGGGCGGCGGCAGGCUACGGGGCCGCUGCCUGCAUGAGUGGGCGCAUGGGUGGCGUGGGCAUGGGAAUGGGCGGCAUGGGAAUGGGAGGUAUGGGCAUGGGUGCGCCUGCUACUGCGGCGGCGGCAGUCAUGGGAGGGCUUGGCGGCGGCAUGGGCGACAUGGGCGCUGCGGCGGCGAUGGGAGGCUGCAUGGGAGGUAUGGCGAUGGGUGGUGUGGGUACAGCUGGUGCGGUCGGCAUGAUGGCACCGGCUGCUGGGGUUGCGGCUCCUGCGGCGCCCAUGGGCGGUGUUGCUGCUGCUGCUGGUGGCGCGGGCGGCGGCAAUGGCGGCGGCAACGCUGAGCUGAUUAAGAUGCUGGCGGAGGAGGUGGUGCGGCUGCGCAAGGCGGUGGAGGACAAGCGCGCCAGGGAGGCAGCGGAGGCGGCGGCUGCGGCUAUGCAGCAGAAGCUGGUGCUGCAGCAGCAGCAGCAGGUGGGGGGCGGUGUUAUGGGGGGCAUGAUGGGCAUGGGUGGUGGGAUGAUGGGCGGCGGAAUGCCGUUGGGAAUUUAAUAGUGGGGAAUGAAAGGAAAAGGAAAGGAGGAUAGAGAGUUGGAGGGAGGAGCAGGGCUGCGCCAGGCAUUGUAACUUGCCAUCGGUUGUCGGCUGUCCGUUGGGGGUUGAGGGAUGCUGAUGGUCUUGUUGAGGAAAAGGCUCGUUGUACUACACAUUGACUCGUUAAUGGACGGUGUCGGGGCUCGUUGUCUGCGAAGCCUUCCGCGCCAGACCUCAGAGCGUUACUGCCAGGUUGCUUCACACGCAUACGUCGUAUAGUCGUGCAUGGUCUUUACUGUCGCUACAUGGUCAGUUCCUUGUUUAUGUGAAAAGCAAGGUGUGACGGGGGAGAGAUUCCGUGGCCGCGCACACAUGUCAAGAGUGCCAGGCACGGUCCUGCUCCAAAUGCGAACCAGUGUCGUUCCUCUUUUUGUGUUUUGCGCAGUAUGUAUGGCGCAGGUAGCAGAUUACAGUGUAGAGGGUUCUCAUCAGAAGAAUAGCGCUCGCUAUACAUAAACAAUAAGAGCCAUGCCUGUGGUGCGUGUCAGAAGCGUGCUGCAAGCGAUGCUGGGUUUGGGACUUCGGGCCACGAUGUGCAGGCGGUUGGUGGGCCGCGCCGUACCUGGCAACGGGGUGGGUCCGGGUGUGCGCGUGAGCUUUGGUUGGCUGUGUGUCCUUGACUACCCUGAUUGUUUACUGGGGUGAGGCCAUGUGACGCCGACCCCAGGCGGCCAGGUACUGGUCUUUCGCGAGGGGAAGGCCGGUAAGGGCUCGGAAGGCACCCACUCGUCCCAUCCUUCGUUCUUACAUGUCCAGUUGUUGAGCGCAACAAGGCACGGAUGGGUGUAUGGCCGUGGUGCGAAAUAUCAAAAUAAGGUGUGGGUGCGUGCCUUCAGGCCGUUCACGCUAGUUUGGUUGAGCCGUUUGCAUGGCCCUCAGCCCGCAAGGCUCGGAUACAGGUCCUACAGCGUCAGGGCGGUUUCGCGCGUUUACAAGGUUACAAGCCGCAUGGGAGGGCGCUGAUGGUAUUGGCUGCAACGUUUGCGUGGCUGUAAGAGGUUGAGUUUGGCGGUCUCAUUGCUCAUUGCUUUGGCCACGUGUUGGCAAGGAGUUGUGGGCUGCGCAUGUGUUCGCCUGGCGUGCCCUAGGCGCGCUGCGUGCAUCCCCAGCGGGCAAAGCUGUUGCAGCUGACACCUUGUCGGGGGCAGUGCGUGGAGUACUGGUACGCAUAGCUGUGCAAUCUUAUAGACAGUUAUUUCGUUAACGGCUCCUGUGGGUUCGUUAACGGUUCCUGGCGCUCAAAUGUCUUCCAGAAACAGGCUUGCCGCCCUUGUGCGUUUGAAUGUGCAGUUCUGCAUAAGUGGGGGAAGGGAACGAAAGGGCACAUCCAGGGAGCGUGGUGGACGGAUGGAUGAUCCUUCGGUUGUUUACCAUGCGGUUUGCGGACUGUCGUACAUGAAUCCGUGAUCCCAUGAAGCGCUUUUGUGAUUGUGAUAAUGGUGGCGGUGCUGCUGCUGCUGCUGGUGAUGAUGAUGGUGAUGACGAUGGUGGUGCGUGGUGGCGUUGUGCAUGUGUGAACAUGUGUUGAAUGGGCGGUUCCUCGUUGGCUGGGGCCGUGCGACUGUGUAAUGGAUACAUGCUUACGUCCCCCCUGCUGCACUGAUGUUGAUUUCUUAAACUACUUUGCCGCCGCUUUCCCUCUUUUGCGGUGCUGCUGCUCGUGACCUACGACCCACGUGUGUGAAGCGUGCGUGUUGUAGCUAUUAACUUGUUACUUUUCUGUACCUUGUGGUGGCAAAUAAAGGAAGCAUGCAAGCUAUGGUACAACCUGAACAAAAUUUACGGCAGCGGUCCGUGUGUAGGGCCGCUGCCAUUGCAUUAGCACGUACGAAGUAAGGCACCUAGGAGUUGACACAUGGUGGUGUGUGUACGGCGGCGUGGUGGGCACGGAGCGGUCACCCCUGCCGUAACUCGUAAGUGUUCUGGAUUUGGGUCCGUCUGAUUCGGAGUUUGGAGGGACAAACUCACAGUGGCUUUACGGCUUUGAGCGAUGCUGUUAGGCGCAAUGGCUGAUGCUCUGGGUUUACGGCAUGGCGUUGAUGGGCUUGCGUUGUGAAGUGGUUUACGGUUGGCGUGACUUGAAGCCGAAGUAUUCUGGUUGCCAAAUAAGGAUCCACAUGAAGCCGGAAGAUUCUUUAGACAAUGACGAGUUUUUGCAGCUUUUCAUCUUGUUGCGGGCGGCGGCAGUGCUGCUGGAGGCGGUGGUGGCGGUGUUGCGGCAGUGAAGGGAUUUCUGCUGAAGUCAUGAAGAAUACCGGUACUAAGCGUGCGCGCAAAGCGCAGACCUUGUGCACAUGGGUGUUGAUAACGGGGUGAAACCGGGGGUGUUGCCAAGUACGCGCUUUUUUUAGUUUAUAUUGCAUGAGCCGAAGUUGUUGUUGUUCUGACCACCUUAACUUUCCUGUAAUGCAUACGGGGGAAAACAUGAGUGGUGGGGUGACAAUAUCGGCACGGAUUACAUGCCUCAUCCCCAGUAAAUAAUGCAUGUGACGCAGCCACGGGUGUUGCACACAUGCCCUUUCUACAUGCAACUUCCUGU